AUGAGACACGAACGUGUCCGGCACGGGAUUGGUGCUUGGAUGCGGCACAAGGUUCGCUUGGACAAGCUGUCUCACACGCUGCAGCAGCGUAGCAAGCUUGCGAGCCAUGGAAGAAAGGCAGGCCAAGGUGGAUUGCAUUGGAGCAGAAGCAUCAUGCACCAAGGUGUCAAGCGAGCCCACGAGGAGGAGCCCGAUACAGAUGUGCCAGUAAAGAACCGUGUGCAUGGUGGCGCGACAGAAAACACCGCUCCGUCUAGCCCCUACAGCGAUUUCAACGAUUUGCCCGAGGGCGAUUACCGCUGCGUGGUAGUUCAGACUUACAAGGUGCGGAGGGCGGGCACACUAGCCUGGGACGGACCCUGGUGGGUUGCCUUGAGCCACAGCAUUAUCCUGACCAGAGAUGGUGAGGAGCUCAAGGUCGAUUGUCAAGACCUGCAGAAGCCGGGCAGUCGAGCUGUUCAAGUGGGAGACAUUGUCUCCGUAGUUGCCAUGAGAGUCGGUCGUCAGUAG